AUGGUAGAGAGAUGGCGAAAGGAGACACACUGCUUCAAUUUUCGUGAAGGCGAGUGCACCAUCACACUUAAGGACAUCGCCAUCCUAACCGAUCUCCCCAUCGAUGGUGAUGUUGUUUGUGUGGACUCUACGCACCACCUAAAGUUGUUGCCAAUAUGA